AUGCAUGUAUUAGUUGAUUUAGAUAAUCUUCCAUGGGAUCCCGCUGAUAGGAAAAGGAUUCUUGAAUAUCACCCUAAUCAAAGAGAUGAGAUAAGACGAAAAAAAUGGCUUAGGGGACCUUGUCAAUCACGUGGUCAUAAGUUCCCAAAAAGGGUAAUAGGGAAUCAAGAAAGGGCUUUUAGCCCGAAUUGGUUUAACAAGUAUGGGAAUUGGUUAGAAUAUAGUAUCAAAUUGGAUAAAGUCUUUUGCUUGUGUUGUUAUUUAUGUAGAGAUUAUAUUGUCAAUCAAAGUGGUAGUGAUGCUUAUGUGACACAAGGCUUUAAUAGUUGGAAUAAGACGGAGAGACUUAAGAGUCAUGUUGGUGAUAUUAAUAGUUUUCACAAUAGAGCACUUAAAAAUUGUGAAGAUCUAAUGAAACCAAAUCAAUCUAUUGGUGUUGCCCUUCAUAAGCAAGAUGAUAUUGUUAAGAAUGCGAAUCGAAUUAGAUUAAAUGCUACAAUUGAUGCUUGUAGAUAUUGCUUAAAAUGUGCAUUAGCAUUCCGUGGACAUGAUGAGAAGAAAACGUCUCUUUUUAAAGGUAACUUCUUGGAGUUAAUGGACUUAAUUUUAAGUCAAAACGAAGAGCUUCAUAAGUUGCCAAAAGCGGCGGGGAAUAAUCAAUAUUUGGCUCCAAGUAUUCAAAAAGAUAUUGCUACUUGCUUUGAAGUGGAAGUACUUAAAUCUAUUUUUAAAGAUAUUGGUGAUGAUGUUUUUGCAUUAUUAGUUGAUGAGUCUAGUGAUGUAUCAAAAAAAGAGCAAAUGGCAAUAGUUUUAAGAUAUGUUGAUACUCAUGGACUUGUUAAAGAGAGAUUUGUGGGUCUUGUUCAUGUAAUGGAAACUUCUUCUUCGUCUCUUAAAGCUUCCAUUGAUGAAUUUUUUGUUAAACAUAAUUUGAGUUUGAUGUAG